AUGUCAAAGAGAUCAAAUGCCAAUGCAGCGGCUGCAGUUGCAAGUAAAGAGGAGACAAUGCAAGCAGAGAAAGAAGCAGUGAUACCAGAGGAGAUCUUUCAGCUGAGUGCAGAGGAUAUUAUGAAGCGUGCCAAGCUCUUGGAGAAUGAAACCAAGUUGCUCAGAGGUGAACACAUCACCAAGCAUCUCGAAAUAGACUCUCUACAAAAGAAGAUUAAAGAGAACAACGAGAAACUGCAGGUCAACAGUCAACUUCCACAUCUCGUAGGAAACGUUGUCGAAAUCAUGGAGAUGACACUGGAUAACGAAACAAAACCAACCAAAUGUGUUGUUGUAAAAGCUUCAACUAGACAAACUAUUUUCUUGGCAUUCCCAGGUAUUGUUGAUGUAGAUAAAUUGAGACCAGGUGACCUUGUCGGUGUAAAUAAGGAUAGUUAUAUUAUUUUAGAUACAUUGCCACCAGAAUAUGAUUCACGUGUAAAAGCUAUGGAGAUUGAUGAGAAACCAACUGAAGAGUACAGUGAUAUUGGUGGUCUCGAUAAACAGAUUCAAGAGUUGGUGGAGGCAGUCGUUUUGCCUAUGACACAUAAAGAGAGAUUCGAAUCGAUCGGUAUCAAACCACCCAAGGGAGUGCUGAUGUACGGUCCACCAGGAACCGGAAAGACUUUGUUGGCCAGAGCUUGUGCCGCUCAAACCAAUUCCACCUACUUGAAGUUGGCCGGUCCACAGCUCGUUCAGAUGUUCAUUGGUGACGGUGCCAAGCUGGUUCGUGACGCGUUUGCUCUCGCCAAAGAGAAGGGUCCCACCAUUAUCUUUAUCGACGAGUUGGACGCCAUCGGAACCAAGCGUUUCGACAGUGAGUUGUCGGGUGAUCGUGAGGUGCAGCGUACUAUGUUGGAGUUGUUGAAUCAGCUCGAUGGUUUCAGCUCCGAUGCCAAUAUCAAGGUGAUUGCCGCCACCAAUCGUAUCGAUAUUCUGGAUCCAGCGUUGUUGCGUUCCGGUCGUCUAGAUCGUAAGAUUGAAUUCCCAUUGCCAAACGAAGAGGCUCGUUCUCACAUCCUUCGUAUUCACUCGCGUAAGAUGAACGUAAGUCCCGACGUUAAUUUCGAAGAGUUGGCACGUUCCACCGACGAUUUCAACGGUGCUCAACUCAAGGCCGUUUGUGUAGAGGCCGGUAUGAUCGCACUGAGACGUGGUGGUACCGAGUUGGCUCAUAACGAUUUCACAGAAGGUAUUCAAGAAGUUCAAGCCAAGAAGAAGAAGAGUUUAGAAUACUAUGCUUAA